AUGGAACUGCCGCUUGUUGCUUUUCGAAAUGUCGCCGAUUUUUGGGAUCCAAUUGAGCAGUAUCAACUCUCCAAAUUAUCCAAAAAAAGCAAGGCCACAAUGAAGUUAGCCAUCAAAAAGCGUUCAUCUCAACUCAUUCUUGCACCUCCCUUGAAGGUUAAUUUCAACUAUUCUGUCACUGGUUCAUACCACUUCCACCAACCAGUCUACAUUAAUUACGGACUGGGAAACCAUCCAAGGUUUUCACCUGGAUUCCUUGAUCGAUGCUUCCAAACGGUCAAUGAUUUAAAAGAUUUGUUCAAUUCCGAGUUCAGGAGAAUCCAUUUUUUCCCGAAUCACCUUAGUUGGGAGGACUUGUAUCGAAUCGUGAAUUGGAUAAAUCGGGAUGAGAGUCUUCCAAGUAUCCCUGUGAUGACUAUGGCUACAAUCAAGGAUAAUGGAAUGUUCUUCAAGAUUCUUAUGGAAAAUCUAGAGAAAAACUUGCGAAAUUUCACAAUUUGGGGAAUGGAACGAGGCCAGAAAUCUCUGAAAAUUCGCCAUAAUUUCGAAAUCGAAGAGCUAUGUGUGAAUGACACGUCGUCCCUCGACGUGGAUGCGUUCACAAGUUUAAAAUUCAAUAGAGCGUACUUGCGUGGUGUUGACAUUCAAAGUGAAGAAAUAAACGAAAUAUUGAUGAGUUGGAAGAUGGGAAGAUUUGGAGAGAAAAUGGAAAGUAUAACUGUUGAAAAGAAGGGAUUAAUUGACUUGAGAGUUUUGUUAAUUGGAUUGGAAGUAGAGUUGAGAGAUCCAAGGAUUACCAAAAGGAGUUGGCCUUUACCCGACGGGACCCCCGGCUGGUUGUAUGGCGGGAUUGAUGUCAAGGGAGUUAACGAGAAGACAGCUACAAUCUGGUUGUAUUCUUAUCAAACGGCAAAUGAAGACGAUCCGAUUCCAGAAGGAAUGAUUCAAGAAUAUGAAAGAAGUCAAGGGAAUUUGAAUCAAAUCGCUUGGGACGAUGAGGAUCCAAUGAGAGAUGCGAUUAUCACUAUCACAUUUGAAUGA